AUGGAAGGCAAUGUAAAUGUUAAACAUAGAUUGGUCCAACUACCUCAUUUUUUGUUAUCAAAUAUCAUAAAUUUACUUGAAUUCGAUAUUGAUAGAUUAUGCUUUGCUUUGACGUGUAAGAGAUGGCUCAAUGAAAGGGAUAGCUAUCUUACACUGAAUCAUCACAAUUCAUUACUACCCAAGGUACAAUCGAUUGAAUAUAUCAAAGGAUUCUGUCUCAUCUCCUUCAAAAAACAAUUUGAACAAUCAAGAAAUCUUGCUGUUAAAACACGUUUAAAAUAUGCAAUCAAUGGUACCAAUCUUCAUCUCAUCAGUAAAUCAUUCAUUCCAAAAUUUAAAAUCAAUACAAACGAUUAUUUUGUAUUCUUUGAUCAAAUUAAAGAUUAUUUUACAAUACCAAAGUCAGUAAACUUAUUCUAUUUACAUAAUGAUAUCAAUUUGAAAUUGAUUUAUGAUGCAAUUGCCAAAUCGAAUGUUGAUACCUUUAUAUAUAAUCGUUGCAUACAGGUUUUACAACCUGGUGCGCUGCCACCCAAUAUUCGCACAUUGAAAUUCUAUCACAAUAUUUGUCCUCUGCAGCCUGGCUGUCUACCGCCAAACUUGACUAGCUUGACAAUGUCCAACCCAAAGACACUCCAGAUCGGUGUGCUACCAGAGUCGUUGGAACAUCUCGAUCUCUCGAACAGCGGAUACAUCAACAAUGAUUUCCUCACGGUAGGAACGCUGCCUCCAAACCUAAGAUCUAUAACAUUCGAUCAUCAUUUCCAACAACAGAUUACACGUGAGAUGCUACCGUCCAUCCGUUUGGAGACUAUCGUCAAUCUACCGAGACAUUCGCUCGGCGAGCUACCGCAAUGCGUGACAACGGUCACUCUCAGUGCCCCAAAGCUUAUGACACCCUUACCCUUACCACCACUUCAGGCCGGUGAAAUUCCAACGACUCUGACCUCGCUUGACUUUGGCUUCAACUGUAUCGAUGUCGACUUUGCCUUGAUACCUACGUCCAUCAAGAUAUUGAAUCUCGGUUCGGUGCGUCAAAUCAACCAUAGAAACAAACUACCGGAAUCCAUAGAAGAGCUUUCAUUCGGUGAAGGAAUGAACCCCGUAAUCAAAGAGGGUAGCAACUUCAUUCCGAAAUCGGUGCGAAAGUUGGUCUUACCAAAGUACAAUCACUCUAGGAUCGAGUCGAUUCCAAAGGGAAUCGAAUGGUUUGCUUUCAAUCACUACUGUCGUAUUGAAUCGAUACCAGACACAGUUAAACUCAUACGUUUUGACUACAAACAUCUUAUGGAUACAACAUUCACCUUUGAAAUCCGAAGAUUAGCAGCUGACUUGUACUUGAUCGUCGGUGACAAGUCAACACCGUUUUGCGGAUUUGUAAAUUCUGUAUUCUUAAAUUUCUCAUUCUACAAAAAAUGUACACAAAUAACCGAAACCUUUACAAAAUAG